AUGAUCAGACUUUUAUUAGUGCUCUUAUUAUUGUAUUUGUUGGUAUUUUUUGUGGCCAAAUGUGAAGCCGUUAGCCGAUCCGAUUUUCCAGACGGCUUCACUUUCGGAACCGCGUCAUCGGCUUACCAGUUUGAAGGAGCAGUUAAUGAGGGGAACAAAGGAGAAAGCAUAUGGGAUAGCUUCACCAGGCAACCAGGAAGAAUAUUGGAUUUCAGCAAUGCAAACACCGCGGUUGAUCAGUAUCAUCGGUUCAAGGGUGACAUAGACUUGAUGAAGGACUUGGGCAUGGAUGCUUAUAGAUUCUCCAUCUCAUGGUCAAGAAUCUUACCAAAUGGUACAAGGGAACCAAAUCAAGAGGGAAUAGAUUACUACAACCACCUAAUUGAUGCUUUAUUAGAAAAAGGAAUCCAGCCGUACGCGACUUUAUACCAUUGGGAUCUUCCACAGGUGCUUGAAGAUAAAUACGGAGGGCUCUUGAGCAGCCAAGUCGUGAAGGAUUUCGAAAACUACGCGUAUAUCUGUUUCCAAGCAUUUGGGAAUAGAGUGAAAAAUUGGAUAACUUUCAACGAGCCUCACGGCAUUGCAAUCCAAGGUUAUGAUUUAGGAGUUCAAGCUCCCGGAAGAUGCUCGAUCCUCGGACAUUUAAUCUGCAAAAAAGGAAACUCCUCGGUCGAACCAUAUAUAGUAGCUCAUAACAUCCUCUUGUCGCACGCUGCUGCUUAUCACAAAUAUCAGAAAUAUUUCAAGGGAUGCCAAAAGGGAAGAGUUGGUAUAGCAUUAGAUGCUAAGUGGUAUGAACCAUUUUCUAACAAGGACGAGGACAUAGAUGCUGCAGGCAGAGCCUUGGAUUUCGCACUCGGAUGGUUCCUUGAUCCACUUCUACUUGGGAAAUACCCUCUUACGAUGCGGAGGCUUGUAGGUGAUAGGCUCCCGGAAAUGAAGCCAGAUCAGUCGAAAUUCUUAAAGGGGUCCUUCGAUUUUAUAGGCAUAAAUCAUUACACGACGUUAUACACGCGCAAUGAUAGAAUGAGAAUCCGUAAGCUCAUACUUCAUGACGCGUCAUCUGAUUCUGCUGUAAUAACCACAUCUAUAAAACACGGAAUCCCCAUUGGAGAAAGAUCCGCGUCUCGUUGGCUGCACAUUGUCCCGUGGGGCAUUCGAAAGUUGGCAAACUACAUCAAAGAUGAGUAUGGAAAUCCACCGGUAGUUAUAACAGAAAAUGGAAUGGAUGAUCCUAAUAAAUCUCACAUGGACUUGCGUGAGGCUUUGAAAGACGACAAGAGAAUAAGUUAUCACAGAGACUAUCUCUCGAACUUGUCAGCUGCUAUAAGGGAAGACAAUUGUGACAUUCGGGGCUACUUCAUUUGGUCGUUGCUCGACAACUGGGAAUGGAACAUGGGAUAUACUGUCCGGUUCGGACUUUAUUAUGUGGAUUUCAAGAAUAACCUCACCAGGAUACCUAAAUCCUCUGUCAACUGGUUCAAAAACAUGCUAACAUCAAGAGACGUGUGA